GUGUCCCCCUGGCAUGAUGUGGCCCUGCGCAAUGAAGACGGCACCCUCAACUUCGUGUGCGAGAUCCCCAAGGACACCUCAGCCAAAUUUGAAGUCGCCACGGGCGAGGAGAGGAACCCCAUCAAGCAGGAUGUGAAGAAGGGUGUGCCACGCUUCUACCCCUACACUAUCCCCUGGAAUUAUGGCAUGCUGCCCCAGACCUGGGAGGACCCUCAAGCAGCCCACGCCGACAUCCCAGGCGUAGGGGGGGACAAUGAUCCAGUGGACGUGGUGGAGAUUGGAGGUACGCCCCUAGAGACGGCCGGCGUGUACACUGUCAAAGCUCUGGGCGCUUAUGCAAUGAUCGACAGCGGCGAGCUGGACUGGAAGAUCAUCUGCAUCCGCAGCGACCACCCGCUCGCUCCCAAGCUCAAUGACAUCACCGACGUCGAACGGGAGCUGCCCGGAGAGCUGGAGAAGAUCAUGAUGUGGUUCCGUGACUAUAAGAUCCCAGAUGGGAAGCCGCCCAAUGCAUUCGGCUUUGACAGCAAGCCGGUCAAUGAGAGCUAUGCCCAGGCGGUUGUUGAGGAGACGCACCAGGCUUACAGCCAGCUGCACAGUGGGGCGCGGCCUAACGAUGGCGAGCUGAGCCUGCGAUGA